AAGGGGAUUCUGGGUACAGCAAGCAUCUCUCUGUCUCUCUCUCUCUUUGGCGUGCAAGUAAAGAACAGUGAAUAAAACAACGGUGACUAAAAGAAAAGGAGUAUAAAUAGACCGAUUGAGCUAGGUAGUUAAAUGUAGGAAAUACUGAAUGAAGAAGAGACGAAAGUUAUAUUCACUCAGGAUCAAGAACUGGCAUUGCCCGAGCAAAAUUUCUUUGCAAGAGAACAGCCUUUCUCUUCUGCAUCAGUCACUUCCUUCCUCAGCCUCUUCCUCCUCGGUGUGUUGAAGAAGACGACCCGGCCCGCACCCACGCUGCACCAGCUUUUCCUCGGAAAGUCAGAAGAGGCGGAAAGCUUACUCCAGCCCAGCCUUCUGUCCUUACCAAAUGUCGGGGGCCUCAAGGAUUGUGGAACAACAAUGAGUACUCCCCCACUGUGUCCCCGCUAAAUAAUAAAGCAGCAAUGAAUGUGGAUCAUGAAGUUAACCUUUUAGUGGAGGAAAUCCAUCGUCUAGGUUCAAAAAAUGCUGAUGGGAAGUUAAGCGUGAAAUUUGGGGUCCUCUUCCGAGAUGACAAGUGUGCCAACCUCUUUGAAGCAUUGGUGGGAACUCUCAAAGCUGCAAAACGAAGGAAGAUUGUUACGUACACAGGAGAGUUGCUUUUGCAAGGUGUUCAUGAUGAUGUGGACAUUAUAUUGCUGCAAGAUUAAUGUGGUUUACCUUUGUUUAUUAUUAUUUUUUGUUUCUGGUCAACUGGAAUAUUAAGUCAAAGGACAAACAUGAGCAUACUUAAUGUAUUUUUAUAGAACUUUGUAAACAAAAGGAGACUCUUAUUUUAAAAGUCUGUCCCUUUUUAUACCUUGAAAGAGAACUUAUGAAUUACACUGUAAAAUAAACAAAACCUAUUAUUUUUCUCAGGAAUCUGACUGGAAAAAUGUAGGCAUGGAGGCUUUUUUGGUGAGGGUGCAAGAGUGUUCAUAAAUAAUUCUUAGACAAUCUUUACAGAUAGUUGACAUUCCAUAAAAGAGGCCAAACUGAAGACCAGCUCCCACAAGCAAUAUUAUAAUGUUUAUGUAAUAAAAACAGGUAACUAUGUCA